AUGUUCUCAGAUGGCAUCUUGAAGCUUGUGGAGUGCAGCGCUAUUACCAAUGCAAAGAAAACUAUUCAUCCAGGGAAGUUGGUGGUCGGAUUUGUAUAUGGCUCUACAAAACUGUACUCAUUCCUGAACGACAAUCCAGCUGUAUAUUUUGGCGAUGUAACCUGGGUGAAUGAUCCUGCCAUCAUAAAACAGUUGCCACGAAUGACUGCCAUCAAUUCUGCUGUCGAAGUCGAUCUUACUGGCCAAGUGGUUGCGGAUUCAGUCGGAUCUCGAUUUCUUUCCGGUUUCGGUGGGCAGGUGGAUUUCAUUCGUGGUGCCGGUAUUGGAUUGGACGGCCUCGGGAAGCCUAUUAUCGCUCUGCCCUCUGCGACUAAAAAAGGCCAAUCAAAAAUUGUUCCAUUCAUCAAUCAGGGAGCGGGUGUUGUUACAUCGCGUGCGCAUGUGCACUACGUUGUAACGGAAAACGGUAUUGCACAGCUGUGGGGCCGAAAUAUGCGACAGCGUGCUUAUGAACUGAUCAGAAUUGCACAUCCGGAUCAGCGACAGAAAUUGGAGAAGGCCGCUUUUGAAAGGCUCAAGGUGAUGCCUUCGCCUGAUUGA